AAUAUAGCGCGAAUUCGAUGCGGGGGUUUUAACAUGAGCUGUGAUGGGAACCAACUGAACCACUUGUUAAACGAGGUAGGAAGUAAUACCACAAGUCGCCCUUACGAGUUCAAUCAAGUGCCUGUGACGAGAUGAAGCGAACCAAAAUACAACCAGCUGCUAUUUGACUUUCUAAUGGCAUGUUGCGACGUCGUUAGCUAGAGAGGGGCGUUUGUUGGAUGACAGCGACCAAGAUGGCGAAACGCAGGACAAGCACCAGUUCUGCCGGUGAAAACCCAAACAAACGGAUCCGAUCUUCUUCGGAUGGUGAGGUGGACGGAAAGGAAGCUGCCGAAUGUGACGGGGACUACUCUGCUUUAAGCAAACGGUUCCAGUGUAGUGGGGAAGUGGUUAGUGAUGCAGGCAUUGUGGAGAGCAUCACACUGAAGAACUUCAUGUGCCACUCCCUCCUUGGACCUUUUGCUUUUGGUUCCAAUGUCAACUUUGUUGUUGGCAACAAUGGAAGCGGAAAGAGUGCCAUACUGACAGCUCUCAUAGUUGCGUUGGGAGGAAACGCACAAUCCACAAACAGAGGAUCAUCCCUCAAGGGCUUUGUGAAAGAAGGGGAAAGUUCUGCAGAUGUAUCAAUCACUCUGCGGAACAAAGGAAGAGACGCUUACAAACCUGAGGUGUACGGUCCGUCUAUCAUCGUAGACCUGAGAAUAACACGAGACGGGCUGAGAACCUAUAAACUCAAAAGUACAACAGGUCAGGUCUUGUCAACGAAAAAGGAAGAGCUCAUUUCCAUCUUGGACAACUUUAAUAUUCAGGUUAACAAUCCUGUAUCAGUCCUCACACAGGAGAUGAGCAAAUACUUCCUCCACUCUAAAGGAGAGGGAGACAAGUAUAAGUUUUUCAUGAAGGCAACCCAACUGGAACAAAUGAGAGUGGACUUCCUUCACAUAAAAGCCACAAAGAAUUUCACAGAGGAAAAAGUUGAGCAAAACAGCGAGUGCUUGAAAGACAUAAAACGAAAGUACCUGGAAAAAGAAGAGCGUUACAAGAACUUGGCAUCAAUUGGUGAAAUGCAGACAAAACUGGAGGAUUUACAGAAGCAAAUGGCUUGGGCAUUGGUGMUUGAAAAGGAAAGAGAGUUGAAGCCAAUGAGAGAGAAGCUGCAGGCAGACAGGCGUUCAACAGAAAAAUUUGAUGAAAAGGUGGAUGAAUGGAAGAAUAAGGUUCAGGAAGCGGAGAAGAAGUACAAAGAGAUUCAGGAGCAGUUGGAGGAAAUAACUCGGCAAGUCCAGGUGCUUCAACCCAAAUCGGCCGAACUUAAGACUGAGGCCCAGAAGCGCAACAGCCUUUUCAAGUCCUGUGAGCUGACGGUCCAUAGGUGCAGAACAAACCUUAGGGACCUGGAAAAGGACAAAGUUCAGCUGUCCUCACGCAUCAAAGAUCUCAACCUGAGCAUCAGUCAGACAACAGGUGCAGAGAGCCAGGCUAGGGCCGAGCGUGCGGAGGAGAUUCAGGCUGAGCUGCAAAGCCUGGAACAUCAGAUUUCCACUCUAGGCCAGCAGAUUGACCAGUUUCAACACGCCUGCAGCCGAGCCAAAGAAGAGCAAGGAAGGAUGAAAAAAGAGCUUGAAGAGCUCCAGAAAUCCAUCGAUGGCAACAAAAGGAAAGUGCAGACGAUGGAGAGCAGCCGCUCAAACCGACUUCGACGUUUCGGAGAGCACAUGCCUGCGCUGCUCAACGCCAUCCAGGAAGCUCACAGAAGGGGCCAGUUCAAGCACAGACCCCGAGGACCUCUGGGUUACCUUAUUAGUCUGAAGGACCCUGAGCUGGCCCUGGCUGUGGAAGUGUGUCUUAAAAGCCUCAUGAGAGCUUUCACCUGCGACAACUACGAAGACGAGAGGGUGCUGAAGGACCUCAUGGUCAGAUAUUUUCCCAGUGGCCACAGGCCGACCAUCAUUACCAGCAGCUUCCUUCCACAUGUCCAUGACACAAGGAGGAGGGCUGUGAGUCAUCCUGAAUAUCCCUCUGUGCUUCAAGCUCUAGAGAUCGAGGACCCAGUCGUGGCGAACUGCCUCAUCGAUCAGAGGGGCAUCGAAAGCAUUCUGCUCAUUAAG